UUGGUGCAACAGCGCGGGCGGAUUCCUCCAUGGGUUCGGUCUGCAAGGCUCGCGGAGAGCGAAUGUCGUCAUGAGCGAACAACAGGACAGUAUGGCUACCACUGUCGCUGUCAGUCCCAGCGAAUACCUUCAGCCCUCCUCUGCUUCAACACAAGACACUCAGCCCUCUCCUUUGGCUCUGCUGGCUGCCACCUGCAGUAAAAUCGGCCCUCCUGCUGCUCAGGCUCCUGUCACCUCUCCGCCAGCGCAGCCACAACCUCGCCGGCUCCUUCCUAUAAAGCCAGCUCCAAUAGCGCCAGCUCCACCGAAAAACCUUGGUUUCCUUUCAACAAAGGGCAAUGUGAUCCAGCUACCUGCUGGCCUGGGCUCCACAGCUCCUGGCAGCCCCAUCGUCCUUACUAUCCAGCAGAGUCCUGCUUGUACCGGCACCUCGGCCACUCCUGGCAUCCAGUAUCAGGUGGUGCCGCAGAUCCAGGGUGCACAAACCAUUCAAGUGAUGCCACAGGGAGGUCAGAUCCAGCUCAUACCCGGUACCAACCAGGCCAUCAUUACCACUCCCAUGACCAUGCCGGCUCCGGCUGCAGCCACUGCUCCUGUCACGCCACAGAAGACCGUAGCCAUCAAGCCCUCCCUCAAGGUGCGGAAGCCAAACAAUACAGCUACAAACGUUGUGCAGCUGCCCAGUGGACUUACAAUUCCCCUCAACGUGGCUACAGGGGAAGUGGGUGGGACACAAAUCAUCACAGAGACAGCUGCAGCCCCUCCCACUCCUGGAAAGGCACGACGAGGGAGGAAAAAAAAGGCAGUACUGGCUGCUGAGCCUCCACCGCCGCCUCCAGCACAGGCUGCCUCUCCAACCCCAGAGCAGAUGGAGACCAUCCUAAUAGAAGCUGGUGAUAACAUCAUACAGGCAGGGAACAAUUUACUGAUUGUGCAAAGUCCUGGGCAACCUGCUAUGGUGCAACAGGUCCAGCUGGUCCAGCCCAAACCAGAUUCUCAGGUGGUUCAGAUCCCACAACAGGCUUUGAAGGUGGUACAGGCUGCCUCUGCUACGUUGCCACCCGUCCCGCAGAGACAGUCUGUCUCCUCGAAUCUGCAGGUCACUCCAACAGAAACAUCACCAACGCAGAUUCUCUUUAAAACAGCAUCAGGUGAAUGGCAAUCGGUUCAGCUUCAGGACUCCAUGACAACAACAACCCCUGCCACCACAGUUGCCCCUACCACCACUGUCGCACCACCAGCUGGCUCCAAGAGAACACAAGCUACCGGAGGACGAAAGGAGCGGACCUUGGCAAAAAUUGCCCCUGCAGGUGGAAUGAUACAAUUGAACACAUCGCAGCUCACCUCAGCAGCACAAGCAGUGCAGACCAUCAGCAUCAACGGGGUCCAAGUUCAGGGAGUUCCUGUUACCAUCACCAAUGCAGGCGGUGAGCUGAUGCUAGAUGCUUUGGGCCAGCAGCACCUAACGGUGCAGACCAUGCAGGGUGGAGGGCUCCAGCUGGCCGCAGCACAGGGCCAGCCUGCUAUUCAGGUAGACCAGACCCUCACCCUGGAGUUGCCUGGCCAGCCAGGAGAAAAGAAACGACGCAUGGCCUGCACUUGCCCCAACUGUAAAGAUGCAGACAAGAGACCCAGUGAGGUGGGAAAGAGGAAACACAUCUGCCACGUCCCUGGCUGUGAAAAGACUUUUAGGAAAACAUCUCUGCUCAGAGCUCAUGUCCGGCUGCACACUGGUGAAAGACCCUUCGUCUGCAACUGGGUUUUCUGUGGGAAACGUUUCACGCGCAGUGACGAGCUGCAGAGGCACGCCAGGACGCACACAGGAGACAAGCGCUUUGAGUGCAGCCAGUGUCAGAAACGCUUCAUGCGGAGCGACCACCUGACAAAGCAUUACAAGACUCACAUAAACACCAAGAACUUGUGAGCAGACGGUAUACAGAUACAAAAACUCAGAAAGUAACUGUGUUACAGGAAGGAUGGGCAGUGGAGAUGAGACCAAGGGAUUGUGCUUGUGACUUAUCCCACAAUGGGAAACUCUCCAGAAUGAAAUGCUUGAUUCCCUGUCACUCUUCAAGGACACUGUGUAGCGUGGUGUACAAAGGAACCCUUCCUGGUGGACUUCAAACUUUCAGCAAAUUUAUUGACCAUUUUUUAAACAUUUUUUUUCCCCAUUUGGUCUGAACAUGUGGACAGAUUACUGUGACUGAAUUUGUAAGGUAAAAAUGCUUUAGAUUUAAAUGCUUAACUCUGCUAGAUUAUUUAUGAACUCCUCUACUUCUCUGGCGGAAGAACAUAUACAGAUUUUUUUUUUUUUUUACUUUUAGAAAACCCAACAUCAUCAGUCUCUUUUAUAUUGUUUUUUCUUCUACCACAAAAACCUUCAUACUCUUUAUUACAGAAUAUUAAGAAAUUUCAGAAAUUGAGGGUGAGCCCCCCCCCAGUAAUGUAAAAAUAAAUCACAAAAAACCAAACAGACCACAAUUAAGGAAGUGCUGGAGCUAUAACAGUAUAUCAUUUCUGUGAGCUCUGGUAGGUCCCUGGCUACCAGUAGUGAUCUAAAUGCAGCAAUAUGAUGCGAUCUGCAAAGUUGGCUAAUGUUGGGAAUUGUGUUGGGAAAUUGAUUGUUUAAAUUUAAGGAAGGGUAAUUAAUUAGAAAAUAUAAUAUACUCCAAGAAUUAGUCCUUGUGGAACACCAAAGUAAAGAGGAUGGAGUUUUGUAAACCAUGAAACGGAUAAAGGAAAAGCAGAAUCUAACCUCUUUAAGCCACAAAGAGGAAGCUGUUGCUAAAGAUGUGGAGGAAACAUAUUAAGUAUCUUAAAAUUCAACAAUGAAAAUUUACACACUGCUCAUGGUGGCUCCAGGUGUUUCCUCUGUUGAGUUGAGACAGUUGGUGCUCUUUUAUCAUGAGUUGUGUGUAAUAGAUGAAAUGUUUGAGAGUGUACCAUUGUUCUUUUCAAGUUUAUCAGGAAAAUGUCUGAUAGUUAUGUAUUUAUACUACCUAAAAUUCUCUACCUUUACACAGGCACUGCAAGAAGUUUCAAAUAUCAGGAAAAUUAAAUAAAAUUGUUAAAGGCUGGUGAGAUGGCCCAGAAAUGCAUAGAAAGACUUUUGCUGAUGAGCUAAGUUUUACUGAGUUUAGACGCUAAAGAUUUAAUUUGGUGAAAUAUUAGCAGUAAGAAGAGUUGAUAACUCAAAUGCAAAACAUGCUCUUGCAUCUGUGGUCCACACUUUGUUUCUACAUAGUUGGUUAUUUACCAUGUAUAACAAGACAUGUACACUUACUUCUAGGGCUGUGUAUCAGAUUGCCAUUUAUUUUUGUAUAGCUCCUGAAGUUUAGCCAUCCAGUCAUUAAUCACAUUAGUUCCAAGUCAAACCAGUCUUAGUUUUAGAUUGAUUUUAUUUGAGUUCUUAAAUGGUUGCAUGUUCAUAGUUGACAACUAACUUUGACAAACUUAAUGAUUUCUGCUUCUUUUAUUACCUGUUUUUAACCUGAAUAGUUCAAGUUUCAUCGUGGCAGGAAACAUGUUCACCCUUCUCAAACUAAAGAACCUAAAAAUUUGGUACCUCCAACACUUUCUCCCAGUUUACUCAUUUAAAAAACGAACAAAACUACACUUUAGUCUUUCUUUCAUUGUUCAGAUUUGAUGAAUUGUAGCCUAUGCAUUGCUGUAUAUAAGAUCAGACUUUUAAUUAUUUGGCCUGACUUGACAAUCAUGUCACAAGAUGCAAAAAAACAGGAAAAAAUAAAGCUUUCUCAGGCCUUCUAUGAGUUACACAAUGUUUUCCAGCUAUAUGAUGGCUUUAAUUCUAAAUUAACACUUAAGAUGUUUUUGUGAUGUACAGAUGACCAGCAUUAGCCCUGCUGCACAGUACUGAUAUAACUUUCUUUAAUCUCAUUUGUUUUACAGAAAAUGUACAUUUGCUCAGUGAUUUUGAUGUUAUGAAGAUAAGCUGACCGUUUUCUAACAAGUCAGCAGUGAGUUUGAAGCCUGAAAUUGCCGGGGAGUUAUUUAAAGAAGUACAUUAAGUCAUUGCUUAACAAGGUUUUUUUUGGUCAAAUUAUCCAGCAGAGCAGCUUCACAGUGAGGUUUGUUUCUGGUAGAUGGUGCAGGCUUGCUACAGGUUGUGCAAAGCAGAGAAAUUUGACCAAAAAAGCUCAAGUCCGAUUUGUUUUCAAAGCACUUUGAACAAAGUGCUUUAAAAAGGUGACGUUGAGAGAGAGAGAGACAGAGGCUGCUCAUAUUUAUGUUUGUAUUUCAUGAGUGAAUAUGUAAAUAAAACGUGUCUGUCAGACACGGUAAAUGUAGGAUAUUAAAAAUUGGUAAGCUGCAUAGUUUUGUGGUUGGCGUAGCCAGCCUUGAAGGAAGUGGACUUUGUACAGUGUUUUAAGGAAAAAAACAUAUAUAUGUGACAUUGUAUAGCUUCAUUCCUGCUUUGUAUAAGACUUCUAGAUCUUUUUUCUAUGAAUUAAAGAUGCCUUAGACAGCUGCACCCAGUAUUUAAAGAUGUUUUUUUUUCUUUCUAAUUCCAGGUAACAACAUUUGUAAAAUUUUGUUUUGUGUUUUUAACUUAUGUUACAUGCUAAUGUCAUGUGCACUGAUUAAACUCCCAGGUUCCAAAAUUUGUAAAUUUAAUGUUGAUUGUAAUUAAAUAUAAUGUGUUUUUUCCCCUGAAUUAAGUCAUUUCUGUUGCUUGGUUUCUGUGAAUGAAAUGCUUCUUCUCCAAGCCUAUAUGUCAUAAAGUGUUCUACAAACCUUUUUUUGUGUAUAUCAGGAGAACCAAGAGAACCAGCAAUUAAUUUUCUAAGUUGUAUAAAGGUGCUAAAACAUAGUUUGCUCCUUUUCUACCAUCACCCCCCCUCAAUAAAGAACUCAUACCUUA